AUGGAAAACGCUAAAAACAUUCAACCAAAAGUUCUUCAAAUACCAAGUAUUUCUGGUCAAGCCGACCGUAUACAAAAAAUUAUUAACGAUUUAGACACUGAAAAUAAAAACUUAAAAAAAGAAAUCGAACUUUUAAAAACAAACAAUCCUUUAAUAGUUCAAGAAAACAACGAUUUAAAAGAUGCAAAUAAUAAAUUAAAAGAAACAAAUGAAAAAUUAACAAAGGAAAAUGCAGACUUGAAAAAACAGAAUGAUGAUUUGAAAAAAGAAAUCAAAACUCUUACCGAUACAAACCAUACGUUAGAUGAAGAUAAUAAAAAAUUAAAAGCCGAAAAUGAAGUAAAUACAAAAGAAAACCUCGAAUACGAAGAAACUUUGAAAACAUUAAAUAAUCAACUUAACAUCACUUUGAAUACAUUUAUAGUAUCAUUUAAUAUCAAUGAUUCUAUCGAAAAAAAAAUGGGAUUAGUU